AUGCCACACUGUUCCCUCUGUGACUUUGUAUCUGUGUGUCUGUCUCAGUUCUGGAUGUCUGCUCUGGCCACCACCAUCCCUGUGCCCUGUGGAGCCUUCAUGCCCGUCUUCGUCAUUGGUAAGAGAAGUGUGUGUGUGUGUUUCAGCAAUAAUGUUAACCCUGCAGAUAUGAUAUGCUAUGCUAUUCAGUCUUGUGAGUGUCUGUGUACCAGUUUGUUACUCUCUCAUUAACUGUGUGUGCAUGUGCGCGUGUGUGCGUGCAUUUGUGUUCUAGGGGCAGCAUUUGGCCGUCUGGUCGGGGAGAGCAUGGCCGCCUGGUUCCCUGAUGGCAUCCACUCUGAUGGCACCAUCUACCCCAUAGUGCCAGGAGGGUACGCCGUUGUGGGUGAGUUACUGUAGAAACACACACACACACACACACACACACACACACACACAAAGACAAAGUUUGGUACAUCUAGACACCAUUAUUGUAACAAUUAGGAAGUAGAAAGCCAGAUACAAUAAGACACUGCUAGACACUAUAGUAAUAUAAAGACAUUUAUGUCAAAGAUAAAAACUAAAUGAUGCGCUUUAGAUGUCCCCUUUGGCAAGAUGUCUCUUAAUGUUGUUGCUAUGAGUGAUAUUGCUGUUAGCGUUGUUGUUGACGGUUGUGCUGAUCAUGCUAUUGUUCAGUGUUGGGGUUGAUGUCAACUGUGUUUGUGUCUAAUGGGUGCUGAUGUUGUUGACUCACUUCUAACUCAGCUUUCUGUCUCUCUGAUGAUCCCUCUUUCAUCUCAGCAUGGCUAGAUUUGUCCUCUCCUUCUCGUUCUCUCUCAAAUCAAAUGAAAUGUCUCUCUUUCUCUCUCUCUCGCUCUUUUUCCUCCCUCCAUCCUUAUGAAGUUAGGAAUAAUCAACCUUCCUUCCCUCCCUCCUCUCUAUCACUCUCUCCACUCCUCCUUUCUCUCAUCUCUUUUUCUUUCUUCAAUAAUGGUUACAAAAUAUUGAAGAAGUUUAACCUCUUCAUCACUAGGCACCUGGCUAAAGUGCCUGCCUCGAAAAUACAUGCCCAAAUUGAAUAGAGUAUAUCUCCUCCAAAACGACAAGGGCUAUAAACAUAGCAAAAGAAAGGUAACACAUGUGAGAUGUAUCUUGAAGUGAAAUAAUUAAUGUGGGUAUUACUGUGUCAGACUACAUGAAGCUAGAACACAGCAUCAAUUGGGAGGUUUUGAUUCCACCUGAAAAGUAACUUCAGGUUUUAUAGGGAAUGCUUUAUUGGACUUAUGCAGCUGCAGCCCCUAAACACUAUGGGACCAUAGCCCAAUAUCUGAUGAGUACUUAUGUGAAGUUUGAUGCCAGUAAAGUAAACCAAAGUUGUAGGGGUUUUAGUUGAAGUAUGUUUAGGCGGAUUACCAAAUGAAGACAUUUGGGUAGAUUUGGGCACCAUCAGUGCCAUUUGACUUUUAUCAGGUACCAGAAAGCAAAAGUCAUUUAAUUUCACUAACAUUGUACAUUCCAUCAAAAUACAACUGUUUUGAUGUUGUUUCCAAUGUUCUCCCAGACCUCUAUACGUGUUGACUAAAGUGAUAAAUCAGUGACAAGAAAUAAUACACAUACAGUGAGGGGAAGAAAGUAUUUGAUCCCCUGCUGAUUUUGUACGUUUGCCCACUGACAAAGAAAUUAUCAGUCUAUAAUUUUAAUGGUAGGGUUAUUUGAACAGUGAGAGACAGAAUAACAACAAAAAAAUCCAGAAAAAUGCAUGUCAAAAAUCUUAUAAAUUGAUUUGCAUUUUAAUUAGGGAAAUAAGUAGUUGACCCCCUCUCAAUCGAAAGAUUUCUGGCUCCCAGGUGUCUUUUAUACAGGUAACGAGCUGAGAUUAGGAGCACACUCUUAAAGGGAGUGCUCCUAAUCUCAGCUUGUUACCUAUAUAAAAGACACCUGUCCACAGAAGCAAUCAAUCAAUCAGAUUCCAAACUCUCCACCAUGGCUAAGACCAAAGAGCUCUCCAAGGAUGUCAGGGACAAGAUUGUAGACCUACACAAGGCUGGAAUGGGCUACAAGACCAUCACCAAGCAGCUUGGUGAGAAGGUGACAACAGUUGGUGCGAUUAUUCACAAAUGGAAGAAACACAAAAGACUGUCAAUCUCCCUCGGCCUGGGGCUCCAUGCAUGAUCUCACCUCGUGGAGUUGCAAUGAUCAUGAGAACGGUGAGGAAUCAGCCCAGAACUACACGGGAGGAUCUUGUCAAUGAUCUCAAGGCAGCUGGGACCAUAGUCACCAAGAAAACAAUUGGUAACACACUACGCCGUGAAGGACUGAAAUCCUGCAGCGCCCGCAAGGUCCCCCUGCUCAAGAAAGCACAUAUACAGGGCCGUCUGAAGUUUGCCAAUGAACAUCUGAAUGAUUCAGAGGAGAACUGGGUGAAAGUGUUGUGGUCAGAUGAGACCAAAAUCGAGCUCUUUGGUCUCAACUCAACUCACCGUGUUUGGAGGAGGAGGAAUGCUGCCUAUGACCCCAAGAACACCAUCCCCACCGUCAAACAAGGAGGUGGAAACAUUAUGCUUUGGGGGUGUUUUUCUGCUAAGGGGACAGGACAACUUCACCGCAUCAAAGGGACGAUGGACAGGGCCAUGUACCGUCAAAUCUUGGGUGAGAACCUCCUUCCCUCAGCCAGGGCAUUGAAAAUGGGUCGUGGAUGGGUAUUCCAGCAUGACAAUGACCCAAAACACACAGCCAAGGCAACAAAGGAGGGGCUCAAGAAGAAGCACAUUAAGGUCCUGGAGUGGCCUAGCCAGUCUCCAGACCUUAAUCUCAUAGAAAAUCUGUGGAGGGAGCUGAAGGUUCGAGUUGCCAAACGUCAGCCUUGAAACCUUAAUGACUUGGAGAAGAUCUGCAAAGAGGAGCGGGACAAAAUCCCUCCUGAGAUGUGUGCAAACCUGGUGGCGAACUACAAGAAACGUCUGACCUCUGUGAUUGCCAACAAGGGUUUUGCCACCAAGUACUAAGUCAUGUUUUGCAGAGGGGUCAAAUACUUAUUUCCCUCAUUAAAAUGCAAAUCAAUUCAUAAAAAUUUUGACAUGCGUUUUUCUGGAUUUUGUUGUUGUUAUUCUGUCUCUCACUGUUCAAAUAAACCUACCAUUAAAAUUAUAGACUGAUCAUUUCUUUGUCAGUGGGCAAACGUACAAAAUCAGCAGGGGAUCAAAUACUUUUUUCCUUCACUGUAGCAUUCUAUUGUAAGUAAACUUCCGUGUGGGCCUCAAUUUAGCCAAUAAAAGUGUUAUCAUACAAUAAACACAGACUCGAUUGUGAUCCUUGCAGGACUAGCUAGCUAGCUACGCUAAGCUAGCUAGCGAGCUAAGCUAGCGCUAACUUACGUUGAGCUUCAGUUACUCAAAUAGAUAUUUUAGAAUGUAUGUUUUGUACUCAUACAAUAAAUUAGUAAUAAUAGUAUUAGAAGUAAUAAAUAACAAUGGGAUUACGUACUCUUCUGAUGCUUGAGUAGGGCCCUGGACACGAUAACCUUCGUUCUCGUCGUUGGGGUCUGGUUCGUCCGGUCUAAGCAGGUCCUCAUCGUCCGAUUCAGAGUCAAUGGGGAUACAUGGAGUCCAACGUUCAUCUGUUACAAUUGCUAAUGCCUCUGUAACUGUAUAUUUCUUACUAGAGCCUGCCAUAUUUUUAUAAACUUUGCGUUUUCCCUCCGAAAUUCAAGUGCUGUUGUGCGCUCUGCGUAACCGUGCGUAAUACAGCAAGUCAACUAAUGUGAUACAAUGAGGUGCUCACAUGGAUAUUUCAACAACCGGUUGGUCGAUUUUGACAUGUGACCCCUCUAUCGAAAGUUCUGGAUCAGUAGAAUUAGAUUAGCACAAUUCCAAGUCACUGGGAUUGCUUUAUAUAUCCAGAAGAUGGAGACAAAACAGUGCCUGCUGUGAUUGAAACAAACUACUGACUUCAUCUUCAAAUACAUUCUUGGCCAUGUAAAACGAUGUAAACUCUUUGAAAUCGACUCGGAAUGAGAGAGAGACACUACUUUUGGUAACAAAAACAACAAAGGUAAGACGCAGUUUGUUGUUGUGAUAAAAAUAAUUAAAGUUUGUUAUUGACGUUCUUUGAUUAAUAGUUUAGUGAGUGUUGGUCAUAGAGGAACACGCCUAUAAGUUAUCUGUCUACGAAUAUACGGGCAUGCACGGUUUCAAAAUAGAGUACUGGUUUUGCUAUAUGCUUAUAUAUUUGCUUGGAGUCUGAAUAUUAUUUCAUUUGGGCAACAACAGUUUAGCUAGAUUCACAGUUGAGGCGCUUCUCGUUCCAGUAGUGUAUAACAUUCAGGUAUUCACACGUUUAAAAACCGUACUACGUCAUUGUUUGAGAUUGCGAGAGGAGUACCCCGGAUAUGGGGAACCUCGGGAUGAAGAGGUUAAAAGAUGUAACUUUUUUUAUCUUUGACUUUGUGAGGUACAGUCAUCUCACCCAUCCCCCAUCCCUCUCCCCUCUCCUCCCUCCCUCCCCCAUCGCCCCUCCUCACUUUGUUGUCACAGUAUUAUUGAUGAAGGCUCAGUAUAGAGUUGAGGUGAUGAGAAGUAUGAUUGCACUGAUAUUGCUAUUACUACAUUAGUAAUGUUAAUGGGUAGUAAUCAUCUGUACCUAUUCCCUGUACUCCUACUCUCUUCCUCUCUCCUCUUCUCCUCUCAUCCUUUCUUCCUCUCUCCUCCCUUCUCUCCUCUUCCCUCCCUUCCUCUCCUCAUCUCCCCCUGUCUUCCUCACCCCUCUCCUCCUAGGUGCGGCGGCCCUGUCUGGAGCGGUGACCCACACAGUGUCGACGGCGGUCAUUGUGUUUGAGCUGACGGGUCAGAUCAGCCACAUCCUGCCGGUGAUGAUAGCGGUGAUACUGGCCAACGCCGUUGCCCAGUCCCUCCAGCCCUCGCUAUAUGACUCCAUCAUCAGGAUCAAGAAACUACCCUACCUCCCAGAGCUGGGCUGGGGACACCACGAGUACGUAGGACUACACUUCUAUCUAUCUAUCUAUCUAUCUAUUCCCGUCUUUCUCCCCACUUAAUUUGUACUUCUAUUUAUCCCGCUUUCUGUCUUUUUCUCAUUCUCUUUAAAUCUCUCUUGGUUCCUCUUGCUGGGUUGGGGACUAGUGAGCAGAGCAUAUGAGCGGAGUGGAGCGGGAGCGAGCGUGGAGCGUGAGCGGACGGAUUUUGAACAGAGCGCAGAGCGGCAUUUUUAAAAGGACGGAGCGUCGCCCUAUGUCCCGCUCCAAUUUCGCUCGCUCACACCAAGAGUCUGAAGCAUGCUCAAGCCUGACCCAGAAUCCAUCUGUUUAAUUUAAUUUGUGUCGUCCAAGAAUUUGUAUUUUAUAGAGCGAGGAGCAGCAGCAGCAACAAGAGAAAAGCGUCGAGGAAUUCAAAAGUUUAUUCACUGCAGGCAAAGGCCCAACCAUAACAAGGGAGAGAAAAAGAGAGCUGGAUGUAGCAUUUUUUAAAAUGAUUUUCAUGGACUAUGAACCGCUGAGUAAAGGAGAACGCGAAGGGAUGCAACACUUCGCCAGCGCAGCUCAACCGGGCUACACCCCCCCCCUCCCCCAAGAAACUAUGAUAAAUCAGUACUUUACUUUGUCAAAUUUACAUCUGAGAUGCCCCAUUCACAUGCUUCAGCUGGCGAUCAAAAACGCCGUUAACGAGCACGACAACAUUAAUAGGCUGUUAGUGAAAGUCGGGCACCUGGUGAAAAGUGUACGCAAGAGCACAGAGGAAACCGACCAAUUAGGUGUCCGCCCCACAAAUGCCUGCGCCAUUCGAUGGAGCAGCCAGCUGCGGAUGAUUCAGUCGUUCAUCCGGUUGUUCCAAAAAGACCCGUUAUGGCAAAACAAACUCAAGUCUAAUGUUGCUAACAUCACCCUGAAUCAAGUACCGCAGCUGACGCACCUUGUCCGUGUGCUGACACCACUAGCAGACCUCACAGACAAAAUGCAGAAGGAGCUGGGGAACCUGGGGAUGAUCCUCCAUGCUGUCACAGAAAUCAAAUCCCUGCUCACCGAUUACACUCACGCUGCACUUCCAAUGGGCAUCGCUGCUUUUGCAGAAACAUUGGCAAACAACGUGUCAAUUCGCUAUGGAAUAUACUAUACUGAUUAACAUCUCAUUUUAGCGUCAGUGUUAGAUCCCCGUUUCAAGACAGAAUGGAUAAUCCGAGAUGAGUCUGUAUGCAACAAAUUCGGGGAGAUAAAGUAAGGCUGUGGUUUAAGCUAAAAGUGAAAUACAUGCAGAUUUCGUUCCUUUUUUGGAGUGAGCGGGGGGGCGAUUUGAGUGGAGCGCGAUGCAAACUGCGUUGAGCGCUGAGCGAUAAUGAGCGGACUGGCCUGAUGUGGCUUUGAGCGGGGGGAGCGGAGGGGUGAACAACUCCGUGAGCGAGGAGCUGAGAUUCUCACCGCUCCACUCCGCUCAUAUGCUCUGCUAGUGAGGGGACGAUUGAGGGGACUAGUGGUUCCUCUUGCUGGGUUGGGGACUAGUGAGGGGACGAUUGAGGAUUGAGGGGACUAGUGGUUCCUCUUGCUGGGUUGGGGACUAGUGAGGGGACGAUUGAGGAUUGAGGGGACUAGUGGUGCCUCUUGCUGGGUUGGGGACUAGUGUGGGGACUAGUGGUGCCUCUUGCUGGGUUGGGGACUAGUGUGGGGACUAGUGUUUCCUCUUGCUGGGUUUGGGACUAGUGAGGGGACUAGUGUUUCCUCUUGCUGGGUUUGGGACUAGUGAGGGGACUAGUGGUGCCUCUUGCUGGGUUUGGAACUAGUGAGGGGACUAGUGGUGCCUCUUGCUGGGUUUGGGACUAGUGAGGGGACUAGUGGUGCCUCUUGCUGGGUUUGGAACUAGUGAGGGGACUAGUGUUUCCUCUUGCUGGGUUUGGGACUAGUGAGGGGACUAGUGGUGCCUCUUGCUGGGUUUGGAACUAGUGAGGGGACUAGUGGUGCCUCUUGCUGGGUUUGGGACUAGUGAGGGGACUAGUGGUGCCUCUUGCUGGGUUUGGAACUAGUGAGGGGACUAGUGGUUCCUCUUGCUGGGUUGGGGACUAGUGAGGGGACAUAUUUCUUUUUUUAUUUGUGGGAAUACGUGGGAAAGGAUUUCCUAAAUUAUAGAUUUUUUUGCUGAAUUCCUGGCGAUUGUAUACGUUUUUUUAACCAAAAACUAAAAUCCUAAAAAAUUUGAUUUUUUGCUGUCGUGUCGGAGGUUGGCAUGCUCAGCCUGUCUGGAGGGAAGGAAACCUGUCUAGGGAACCGUGUGGCCGGGGUAGAGGGGUAGAACCACAAAUGUGCUGAGGCAGAACCUGCUCUCUCUCACACUGUCACCUCCUAUACAGUACAACUAUAACGUCCAGAUGCAACCUCACCUCUGGAGCUAUAAGUUCAGGACUGACUUGGAUGUAGUUCCAAAGUAAUCUCCAAAAGACAGAGGAAUUGACAGAUUACAUUUUUUUUAGGCUUAACUAUUCACUCCCAUUUUCUAAUAGUUGUCACUCACUGACUGUAUAGGUGGUGCUAAUAACUCCUCCCUCUCUUCCACUCCUCCCCUCGUCAUCCCUCUCUCCUAUCAUCCUUCAGGAAGUAUAAUAUUCGUGUGGAGGACAUCAUGAUCAGGGAUGUGACCUACAUCACCCUCAACUGCUGCUAUAGAGACCUGCAUGAUGUACUGCUGGCUGGACACCUCAAGACCCUGGCCCUGCUCGAGUCCAGUGGUGAGACACGCACACACACACUCAUACUUUACAGACGCAGACACGCACACACACAUAUUACAGACACUAAAGAACAUUUUCAGUCAAAUAAAUGCUCCCCUACACACACAUUCAAGUUAUGAUAAUAUUCUUAUAGAGUAUGCCAAGUCUGUCAUAAUUGUGCAGCAAUGCCAAAGCAAUUAACUGGGGCAAUUAUUUUAAACAAACAAACACACCCCCUGUUGUGGACACACACACACACACACACUCACACUCAGACGCCUGGCUGUUCUCAGUUACAUAACUCACCAUGCAGCAACAUGUGUUAGGAGUCCCCUGCAGUCUGCACAUUAACUACUGUUCUAAAAUACCUCUCUUUCUCCUCUCCUCCAUCCCAUCUUCCCACUCUGUCCUCCCCCUCUCACUCUAAUCUCCUGGCCCCUCUCUCUCCAUUUCUCUUCUCUUCCAUCAUCCCUCUUGUUUUUAUUCUUAUCUGUCUCUCUCCUCUACCUUUCAUCCCAUCUACUCUGUCCUCUCUUCACCACCUCACUCCCUUCUUACUUGCACUCUCGUCUCAUAUUUCUCUCCAUCCAUCUCUCCCUUGCUGCUCCUCACUUUCCCUGCUCUUUCUUUCUCCCUCUCUUUUUCUCCAAACCCCCCCAGAGUCGAUGAUCCUGCUGGGUUCUAUUGAGCGUGCCCAGCUCCAGGCCCUCCUGUCCCUACAGCUGGGCCGGCCACGGAGGCUGGAGUACCUGAGAGACCGGGCUACUGCUGAGAAGAAGCGCCUGUCGAUGGUCUCCCACCCGGGCAGCGAGGAAGGCUCCCAGAGGGUUAACCAGGAGGUCCGGUUCCAGGUAAGUACAGUCUUGACAACCCACACCAAGCUAAACAUUACACUCUUCAAGGUCAGUCAUGUCUGGAGUCUCCAGUACAACACCAAGCUAACAGUACACAUAAAGCUGUAAAGUUGGGAUGUUUACCCAAAACGUCUUGAAGACAAGAUCAGUGGAGGAGGAUAGGAUACCAGGUCAGCGUUCUAGUCCCAUGGUUGAUAUGUGAGAGAAAAGGUUUUAACAAGCCUUUAUUGUCCCAUCAAUAAGAGACCGCGUGAGAGAGAGACUGAAAGAAGGAGUGAAAGAGAGAGAGAGACAGACUGAGAGAGGGAGAAACAGAAAGAGAAAACAGAGAGAGGGACCGACGGAGAGAGUGACAGUGACAGAGAGAGAGAGAAACAGAGAGAGGGGGACCGACGGAGAGAGUGACCGACUGAGAGAGUGACAGAGAGAGAGGGACAGAGGAGGAGAGAGAGACAGAGAAGGAGCGAGAGAGAAACAGAGAGAGAGAGGGACCGACGGAGAGAGAGACAGAGAAGGAGAGAGAGAAACAGAGAGAGAGGGAUCUGUGUGUGUGCGCGCAUUCGGUUGUGUGCGUGUGUGUGUGUGUGUGUGUGUGUGUGUGUGAGCACUGGCACACAGAGCUGAAAUUGGGGUUUUGAGGCUGCCAAUGUCUAACUUUGUUUUGAGGGCUAGCACUACUGUAUUCAGAAUACUGAUCUGGUUCCUCCUCCCUGCGCCACCCCUGCACCCCACCCCAGGCUAGUGGGGUUCUACUCAGCCAUUCACAGCAGGCCAGGUGGAGGGAGGAGGAGGAGGAGGGGAAUGGAGUGGGUGGCGGGUAAGAGGGGAAACAAGCGUUUUCUCCCGCUUUUCCCCCCAGGACGCCAGGGUUUGGAUAUCCAACUAUUCAUCACACACACUCAUUUACAGUGGGGGAAAAAAGUAUUUAGUCAGCCACCAAUUGUGCAAGUUCUCCCACUUAAAAAGAUGAGAGAGGCCUGUAAUUUUCAUCAUAGGUUCACGUCAACUAUGACAGACAAAUUGAGAAAAAGAAUCCAGAAAAUCACAUUGUAGGAUUUUUAAUGAAUUUAUUUGCAAAUUAUGGUGGAAAAUAAGUAUUUGGUCACCUACAAACAAGCAAGAUUUCUGGCUCUCACAGACCUGUAACUUCUUCUUUAAGAGGCUCCUCUGUCCUCCACUCGUUACCUGUAUUAAUGGCACCUGUUUGAACUUGUUAUCAGUAUAAAAGACACCUACCUGUCCACAACCUCAAACAGUCACACUCCAAACUCCACUAUGGCCAAGACCAAAGAGCUGUCAAAGGACACCAGAAACAAAAUUGUAGACCUGCACCAGGCUGGGAAGACUGAAUCUGCAAUAGGUAAGCAGCUUGGUUUGAAGAAAUCAACUGUGGGAGCAAUUAUUAGGAAAUGGAAGACAUACAAGACCACUGAUAAUCUCCCUCGAUCUGGGGCUCCACGCAAGAUCUCACCCCGUGGGGUCAAAAUGAUCACAAGAACGGUGAGCAAAAAUCCCAGAACCACACGGGGGGACCUAGUGAAUGACCUGCAGAGAGCUGGGACCAAAGUAAAAAGCCUACCAUCAGUAACACACUACGCCGCCAGGGACUCAAAUCCUGCAGUGCCAGACGUGUCCCCCUGCUUAAGCCAGUACAUGUCCAGGCCCGUCUGAAGUUUGCUAGAGUGCAUUUGGAUGAUCCAGAAGAGGAUUGGGAGAAUGUCAUAUGGUCAGAUGAAACCAAAAUCGAACUUUUUGGUAAAAACUCAACUUGUCGUGUUUGGAGGACAAAGAAUGCUGAGUUGCAUCCAAAGAACACCAUACCUACUGUGAAGCAUGGGGGUGGAAACAUCAUGCUUUGGGGCUGUUUUUCUGCAAAGGGACCAGGACGACUGAUCCGUGUAAAGGAAAGAAUGAAUGGGGCCAUGUAUCGUGAAAUUUUGAGUGAAAACCUCCUUCCAUCAGCAAGGGCAUUGAAGAUGAAACGUGGCUGGGUCUUUCAGCAUGACAAUGAUCCCAAACACACCGCCCGGGCAACGAAGGAGUGGCUUCGUAAGAAGCAUUUCAAGGUCCUGGAGUGGCCUAGCCAGUCUCCAGAUCUCAACCCCAUAGAAAAUCUUUGGAGGGAGUUGAAAGUCCGUGUUGCCCAGCGAUAGCCCCAAAACAUCACUGCUCUAGAGGAGAUCUGCAUGGAGGAAUGGGCCAAAAUACCAGCAACAGUGUGUGAAAACCUUGUGAAGACUUACAGAAAACAUUUGACCUGUGUCAUUGCCAACAAAGGGUAUAUAACAAAGUAUUGAGAAACUUUUGUUAUUGACCAAAUACUUAUUUUCCACCAUAAUUUGCAAAUAAAUUCAUUAAAAAUCCUACAAUGUGAUUUUCUGGAGAAAAAAAGAUCUCAUUUUGUCUGUCAUAGUUGACGUGUACCUAUGAUGAAAAUUACAGGCCUCUCUCAUCUUUUUAAGUGGGAGAACAUGCACAAUUGGUGGCUGACUAAAUACUUUUUUUCCCCCACUGUAGCUCUCUCAGCGCUCUCGCUUUCUCACUCUCUCUGUUUUUCUCGCUCUCGCUCUCGCUCUCGCUAAAAACAAACAAAAAAAAAAAUAAAAGCAUUGUAAGUUUUAAUUUUCUAAAGUUGGUGUGGGAGAGUUGGAAAAAUAAUUGUUAUCAAUCAAUAAUGACAAACCUCCUGGCAUUGACAAGCUACUGAGGAUGGUAGCUGACUCUAUAGCCACUCCUAUCUGUCAUAUCUUUAAUCUGAGCCUAGAGGAAAGUGUUUGUCCUCAGGCCUGGAGGGAAGCCAAAGUCAUUCCACUACCCAAGAGUGGUAAAGCGCCUUUACUAGUUCUAUUUAUUUAUUUAUUUUAUUUAUUUAUUUAUUAUUUCUAUUUAUUAUAGUUCUAACAGCAGACCUAUCAGCUUGCUGCCAGCUCUUGGCAAACUGUUGGAAAAAAUGGUUUGACCAAAUACAAUGCUAUUUUUCUGUAAACUAAUUACCAAUAGACUUUCAGCAUGGUUAUAGAGAAGGGCACUCAACAUGUACUGCAUUGACACAAAUGACUGAUGAUUGGUUGAAAGAAAUGGAUAAUAAUACGAUUUUGGUAUCUGUACUGUUAGAUUUCCGUGCAGCCUUAGAUAUUAUUGACCAUAAACUGUUGUUGUUAUGGCUUUUCAACCUCUGCCAUAUCGUGGAUUCAGAGCUAUCUAUCUAAUAGAACUCAGAGGGUUUUUCUUUAAUGGAAGCUUCUCUAAUGUCAAACAUGUAAAGUGUGGUGUACCGCAGGGCAGCUCUCUAGACCCUUUACUCUUCUCGAUUUUUACCAAUGACCUGCCACUGGCAUUAAACAUAGCCUGUUUGUCCAUGUAUGCUGAUGAUUCAACCCUAUACGCGUCAGCAACCACAGCUAAUGAAGUUACUGAAACCCUUAACAAAGAGUUUCAGUCAGUUUUGGAAUGGGUGGCCAGUUGAGGAGACUAAAUUACUUGGUGUUACCUUAUAUUGUAAACUGUCAUGGUCAAAACAUAUUGAUUCAAUGGAUGUAAAGAUGGGGAGAGGUCUGUCCGUGAUAAAGAGAUGCUCUGCUUUUUUGACACCACACUCCACAAAGCCAGUCCUGCAGGCUCUAGUUUGAUCUUAUCUUGAUUAUUGUCCAGUCACAUGGUCAAGUGCUGCUAAGAAAGACCUAGUUAAGCUGCAGAUGGCCCAGAACAGGGCAGCAUGUUGUGCUCUUUAUUGUAAUCAGAGGGCUAAUUUUAAUACUAUGCAUGCCAGUCUCUUCUGGCUAAGAGUUUAGGAAAGACUGACUGCAUCACUUCUUAUUUUUAUAAGAAAGAUGAAUGUGUUGGAAAUUCCAAAUUGUUUGCAUAGUCAACUUACACACAGCACUGACACACACACUUACCACAUCAGACAUGCCACCAGGGGUCUUGUCACAGUCCCCAGGUCCAGAACUAAUUCAAGGAAACAUACAGUAUUAUGCAGAGCCAUGAUUGCAUGGAACUCCUUUCCAUCUCAUAUAGUGCAAGUGAACAGCAAACAUGGUUUAAAAAAAACAAAUAAAGCAACACCUCACGGCACAACGCCUCUCCCCCAUGUGACCUACUUGUUGUGUGUAUGUACUGUACUAACUGAUAGAUGCACACACUACAUGUUAAUGUUUUUAAAUGUAUGUCAAUUGUAAAGUCUUUUGUCUGUAAUGUCUUUUUCGUUAUGUGUCGGACCCCAGUAAGACUAGCUGUCGCCAUUUGGCUUCGGCUAAUGGAGAUCGUAAUAAAUAAAAAUAUCUCUAUCCUCAUCACCACUUUCUCUCUUUUCAGCUCUAGUGUUUCUUCCAUUCUAUUGACUUUUCUUCUCACUUUUUCAUUCUGUCUCCUUCUUUAGCUCUCUGCAUAUUCUCACUAUCUCAUCUCAUUCUCUCCCUCUCGAUUGCUUUUUCUAUUCCUCCCUCCAUCAGGCUGUGUGUGUGGGGGGGUAGUAAUAGUGGUGAGAUGAGACAGAGAGCAGCCCAUUAGAUUGAUAAGUCAGGAGGAGAGUGAAAGACAAUAAAAUACAAAUUAGAUAUAGAGAGGGGUGGAGGGAGGCAUGGGUGGAGAGAGGAGGAGGAAGAGAGGGGGAAGGAAAGAGGGAGGAGAGAGUGAGGCACAUGUUGAUGUCCAGAACAGCAUGUGAAUGUGUCAGUAAGGGAGUUUGCCUGUAAGUAUAACUUGUUAUUGGAUCAUUCUGUCGCACUGAAUACCUUCCCACAGUGGGACCAUUUCUCCAAACGAAACUACAGUGAUGUGUGUGGAAUGUGUACAGGGGAUGUACAAUGCCUUCGGAAUGUAAUCAGACCCCUAGACUUUUUCCACAUUUUGUUACAUUACAGCCUUAUUCUAAAAUUGAUUAAAUAACAAAAAGUCCUCAGCAAUCUACACACAAUACCCCAUAAUGACAAAGCGAAAACAGGUUUUUAGAAAUCUUUGUCAAAUGUUUUUUUUUUAAAGAUUAAAAAAAAAGAUAAUACCUUAUUUACAUAAGUAUUCAGACCCUUUGCUAUGAGACUCGAAAUUGAGCUCAGGUGCAUCCUGUUUCCAUUGAUCAUCCUUGAGAUAUUUCUACAACUUGAUUGGAGUCCACCUGUGGUAAAUUCAAUUGAUUGGACAUGAUUUGGAAAGGCACACACCUGUCUAUAUAAGGUCCCACAGUUGACAGUGCAUGUCAGAGUAAAAACCAAGCCAUGAGGUCGAAGGAAUUGUCCGUCGAGCUUCGAGACAGGAUUGUGUCGAGGCUCAGAUCUCAAAAACAUUUCUGCAGCAUCGAAGGUCCCCAAGAACACAGUGGCCUCCAUCAUUCUUAAAUGGAAGAAGUUUGGAACCACCAAGACUCUUCCUAGAGCUGGCCACCCGGCCAAACUGAGCAAUCGGGAAGAAGGGCCUUGAUCAGGGAGGUGAUGAAGAACCUGAUUGUCACUCUGACAGAGCUCUAGCGUUCCUCUGUGGAGAUGGGAGAACCUUCCAGAAGGACAACCAUCUAUGCAGCACUCCACCAAUCAAGCCUUUAUGUUAGAGUGGCCAGACGGAAGCCACUCCUCAGUAAAAGGCACAUGACUGCCCGCUUGGAGUUUGCCAAAAGGCACCUAAAGACUCUCAGAGAAUGAGAAACAAGAUUCUCUUGUCUGAUGAAACCAAGAUUGAACUCUUUGGCCUGAAUGCCAAGCGUCACGUCUGGAGGAAACCUGGCACCAUCUCUACGAUGAAGCAUGGUGGUGGCAGCAUCAUGCUGUGGAGAUGUUUUUCAGCGGCAGGGACUGGGAGACUAGUCAGGAUCGAGGCAAAGAUGAUCAGAGCAAAGUACAGAGAGAUCCUCGAUGACAACCUGCUCCAGAGCGCUCAGGACCUCAGACUGGGGCGAAGGUUCAUCUUCCAACAGGACAACAACCCUAAGCACACGGCCAAGACAACGCAGGAGUGGCCUCGGGACAAGUCUCUGAAUGUCCUUGAGUGGCCCAGCCAGAGCCCGGACUUGAACCCAAUCGAACAUCUCUGGAGAGACCAGAAAAUAGCUGUGCCGCAAUGCUCCCCAUCCAACCUGACAGUGCUUGAGAGGAUCUUCAGAGAAGAAUGGGAGAAACUCCCAAAAUACAGGUGUGCCAAGCUUGUAACAUCAUACCCAAGAAGACUCGAGGCUGUAAUCGUUGCCAAAGGUGCUUCAACAAAGUACUGAGUAAAGGGUCUGAAUACUUAUGUAAAUAUGAUUUUUAAUCAAUUUUAGAAUAAGCCUGUAACCUAACAAAAUGUGGAAAAAAUCAAGGGGUCAGAAUACUUUCCGAAGGCACUGUAGGUACAGCAUGUACUGUACUAUUGAUUAAAUGUAUUCAGAGUGUAUAGUAACUGUGUAUGUGUAGAUCUCCACAGAGGAGUCUUCCUUCAGUCCCACCCCUACCCCCUCCAUGAAGCCACUGAAGCCUGCCCUGAAGAGACCCUCUGUGGUGGACCGCCCUACUGAGAUACCCAUGCCCACAAGUAAGCACAAGCACAAACACACACACACACACACACACACACACACACACACACACACACACACACACAAACCCUCGGUCAGACCUUAACUCCAUAGAGUCGAUUGACGCACCGGUGUCAGUUUAAGCUGGCAGUUUUUUUUCCACCGCAUCGCCGACAUUGCUCUUCCGCAUCUACGGUGAAAGGUGGCAAAGCUAGAGCGGUGUUUGUCAGAUCAUGAGACAUCCCAAAAAUCGGUCUUCUCACGAAAACGUCUGUUAUGAACACUCUAUGGAAAGGGGAGACUCUCAUGAACACGAUGAUGGUAUCCACUCUACGACCCCCACUAAUGUCAGGGGACUAGUCUGAAGGUAAUUGGUACCGGUUUUAAAGAAAAUAAUGGAAGGAUGAAGGUAGUUUUGUGCCUACCCAAAUAAAUAUAUACAGUACCAGUCAAAAGUUUGGACACACCUACUCAUUUUUCUUUAUUUUUACAAUUUUCUACAUUGUAGAAUAAUAGUGAAGACAUCAAAACUAUGAAAUAACACAUAUGGAAUCAUGUAGUAACCAAAAAAGUGUUGAACAAAUCAAAAUUAUUCAAAUAGCCACCCUUUGCCUUGAUGACAGCUUUGCACACUCUUGGCAUUCUCUCAACCAGCUUCAUGAGGUAGUCACCUGGAAUGCAUUUCAAUUAACAGGUGUGCCUUCUUAAAAGUGAAUUUGUGGAAUUUCUUUCCUUCUUAAUGCGUUUGAGCCAAUCAGUUGUGUUGUGACACGGUAGGGGUGGUAUACAGAAGAUAACCCUAUUUGGUAAAAGACCAAGUCCAUAUUAUGGCAAGAACAACUCAAAAAAGCAAAGAGAAAAAACAGUCCGUCAUUACUUUAAAACAUGAAGGUCAGUCAACACGGAACAUUUCAAAAACUUUGAAAGUUUCUUCAAGUGCAGUCGCAAAAAUCAUCAAGCGCUAUAUAUAAUAAUAAUAUAAUAUGCCAUUUAGCAGACGCUUUUAUCCAAAGCGACUUACAGUCAUGUGUGCUAGGAUUAAACUGGCUUUCAUGAGGACCGGCACAGGAAUGGAAGCCCCAGAGUUACCAGCCUCAGAAAUUGCUGCCCAAAUAAAUGCUUCAGAUACAGUUGAAGUCGGAAGUUACAUACACCUUAGCCAAAUACAUUUAAACUCAGUUUUUCACAAUUCCUGACAUUUAAUCCUUGUAAAAAUUCCCUGUCUUAGGUCAGUUAGGAUCACCACUUUAUUUUAAGAAUGUUAAAUGUCAGAAUAAUAGUAGAGAGAAUGGUCUAAAUUAUUUAUUUCAUCACAUUCCCAGUGGGUCAGAAGUUUACAUACACUCAAUUAGUAUUUGGUAUUAUUGCCUUUAAAUUGUUUAACUUGGGUCAAACGUUUCGGGUAGCCUUCCUCAAGCUUCCCGCAAUAAGUUGGGUGAAUUUUGGCCCAUUCCUCCUGACAGAGCUGGUGUAACUGAGUCAGGUUUGUAGGCCUCCAUGCUCGCACAUGCUUUUUCAGUUCUGCCCACACAUUUUCUAUAGGAUUGAGGUCAGGGCUUUAUGAUGGCCACUCCAAUACCUUGACUUUGUUGUCCUUAAGCCAUUUUGCCACAACUUUGGAAGUAUGCUUGGGGUCAUUGUCCAUUUGGAAGACCCAUUUGCGACCAAGCUUUAACUUCCUGACUGAUGUCUUGAGAUGUUGCUUCAAUAUAUCCACAUUAUUUUCCUUCCUCAUGAUGCCAUCUAUUUUGUGAAGUGCACCAGUCCCUCCUGCAGCAAAGCACCCCCACAGCAUGAUGCUGCCACCCCGUGCUUCAUGGUUGGGAUGGUGUUCUUUGGCUUGCAAGCUACCCCCUUUUUCCUCCAAACAUAACGAUGGUCAUUAUGGCCAAACAGUUCUAUUUUUGUUUCACAGACCAGAGGACAUUUCUCCAAAAAGUAUGAUCUUUGUCCCCAUGUGCAGUUGCAAACCGUAGUCUGUCUUUUUUAUGGCGGUUUUGGAGCAGUGGCUUCUUCCUUGCUGAGCGGCCUUUCAAGUUAUGUCGUUAUAUAGGACUCGUUUUACUGUGGAUAUAGACACUUUUGUACCUGUUUCCUCCAGCAUCUUCACAAGGUCCUUUGCUGUUGUUCUGGGAUUGAUUUGCGCUUUUCGCACCAAAGUACGUUAAUCUCUAGCAGACAGAACGCGUCUCCUUCCUGAGCGGUAUGACGUCUGUGUGGUCCCAUGGUGUUUAUGCUUGCGUACUAUUGUUUGUACAGAUGAACGUGGUACCUUCAGGCGUUUGGUCCCAAGGAUGAACCAGACUUGUUGAGGUCUACAAUUUAUUUGCUGAGGACUUGGCUCAUUUUCUUUUGAUUUUCCCAUGAUGUCAAGCAAAGAGGCAUUGAGUUUGAAGGUAGGCCUUGAAAUACAUCCACAGCAAUGGACAUUAAACCGGUGGAAAUCUGUCCUUUGGUCUGGUGAGUCCAAAUUUGAGAUUUUUGGUUCCAUCCGCCGUGUCUUUGUGAAGGCCAGAUUCAAUAUUUUAUCAAGUAAUUUCUUUAUAUAUAUUUCUUUAUACCUAAAGGGGUCCUACAUUUCAAAAUCAACUAGCUAAAUGAUCCAUAGUAUGACCAGCCCCACGCCCCCUGUCCCCCCAAGGGCUUAGACUUUUAAGAACUAUUAAACUUAUUUAUUUACUUAGAGCCACUUCAAUGGUCUCUCUCUUUCUCUUUCUCUUUCUCUUUCUCUUUCUCUUUCUCUCUCUCUCUCUCUCUCUCUCUCUCUCUCUCUCUCUCUCUCUCUCUCUCUCUCUCUCUCUCUCUCUCUCUCUCUCUCUCUCUCUCUCUCUCUCUCUCUCUCUCUCUCUCUCUCUCUCUCUCUCUCUCUCUCUCAGGUCCACAGGACCACUCUAGCAGCGCCUUAAAGAACCUCUUCUGUGUCAACCCUGAGACAGAAGGCCUGGAGGUGAGACACCUGUUUUAAAACACACACACACUCACACACACUCCCCUUACCUCCUACCCUUCUCCUCCAAGCUCAGAAUCUCCCAACUCUCUCCUACACAUAACCUCUUCCUGCCUAGUCCUGCUCUCCACUCUCUCUGAGUGACACCUCCACACAACCACUUGAGUUGGGAGACUCGAGUGUCUGUUUCUGAGAGUGGUGGGGUGAGCGUUUGCCCAGCGUUGCGGAUGCGUUGUGUUAAUAUUGUUCUUGUCUUUGGCCGCUGGAAGAACAAGAAUGUCAACAUCAACAUAGAGGGCACUGCAUCGAGCUCUGCGACUCCUGAGUUUAGGAGGCCACCCAAGCGUGUCAGGAUUUCCGUCGUGGUAAGAAUGCCGGGAAUGCUUGGGGAAACUGCCCAGCAACUGGUCAGCCAUCCAAUCAACCAAUCGCCAUCCGCUGCAGGGCUAAUCCAUGCCGAUGGACUGUGAUCUGUGCCAUCGAGCCAAAUGUGUUGAACGUCCUCCUCCCUGUCUGUGAACCAUUACUGACCUCUGACCCCUAGUCCUCCUCUUCUGAUUGAUUGGCUGUUAGAACGCAAACUGAAUGCAAACAUCGUCAGAAUGCAAACUGAUUGGUCAAGAGGUCAGUAGGGGUCAUGGAGAACUCGACCGCCCCUAUAGCUAUGACACCCUAAACCGCAAAAGACUGGACCACAGACACGGUUUGUAAACGUGGUCUUUCCUCGGUCAGGGUGGUGUGGUUAAGUUGUGGUCAACUUAAGGGAUGUGGCGGUUCAACCAAAGCAUGCUGCUACGCUGUCCAUCAUCAGCCAUGUCAUUAGAGGCGUCCAAUCAGUGACCUUCUACUGGUUUGUGGGUGGGGCCUGGAGCGCUACAGUCCGCCCUUCCACAGAACCAAACCCCUCCCACUUGUUCAUCUGCUGUAGUUCUUCAUACCAUUUGUCAUGAGGACACAAGUUAUACUAGGGAUAGAGGGAGGGGGGUGAGGGAUGGGAUGGGAUGGGAGUGGGGUGGGGGGAGGUGUGUUGCUCAGUUGGUAGAACAUGGCACUUGCACUGCCAGGGUUGUGGGUUUGAUUCCCGGGGACACCCAUAUGUAAAAUGUAUGCACACAUGACUGUAAGUCGCUUUGGAUAAAAGUGUCUGCUAAAUGGCAUAUAUUAUUAGCAGAAAUCAGAGAUGUAUCAUGUUGGUAAGACGGGCAGUUCUAGUCCUCCUGUUCAAUGGCAAAGCAAUUACAAUUACAAACACCAAGCAAACCAUAAACCAAAAUACACUGUCCAGUUACCAACACUGCUACGGUCAAACAGUGACGCAUGUCCAUCCAUGAAACAACCGCCCAAUUCUGAAUUACACCAUGAUAAAAUGUUGCAUUUACGCCCCAUGACAAAAUAUAAAAUGGUAAUUAUUGUUUUAUUCAUAAAUAGUCAAGAGAACAGCUAUCUGGAAAUUAAAUAGGGAAAGGUUUUAUGUCAUUAAACAUAGAUUUGAUCUCAUAUCCAUAGGCUACAUGUAUCCAUAUGUCAUAAAAUCAUCCGUUCAUCAUAUAUGUAGAAGUAAAACCUUGAACCAUUUGAUCGCUGUCCUCUUGAUCACGUGGAUUUCAUUCGCUAGAAACCACCACCCAGCUUAGAUUUAUUUUGGGGUGAGCAUGUUAUCUACGUUCUACACACAGUCACACACACACACACACGCAGACACACACACAGACACAAACACACACACACACACACAUUCAGAAAAGUCUAGUAUUUUUAAGAUAGAAAGAGACUAUUGAUAGAGAUCCAUUCUAAACAGUGUGUGUAAUAUUAGUAAUUCAAAAUGUGCCUAGCCUAAACCUAAUGCUACAAUAUUGAUGAUCUGGAUGUUUGGGUGAAGUAGAGACAUAUUAGUCAUAAUAAAGCUUUGAUGAGCUAAUUAGACACAACUACCUUUAGUGUUGAUUAUAGUUAUUAGUAUUCAGAGGGAGUGUGUGUGUACUCAGAAACAAAUGUAUUAAACUAUUUUCUCAAGACUUCCGACUAAACUACUGUACACCCCAGCAUCUGAAAGAAAUCAAGUUAUUACUUCUCUUUCUCCCCCUGAGCUGUAGUUCACAGUCCCCUUCUCUCUCUAAAUUACUCUAAUUUCCCCUCUUUUUCUCUACCCCUCUGUGUCACUAUUCCUCUUUCUUUCCAUCUCCUUUUCAUCCCUUUCUUCCUCCCUCCUCCCCACCUCCUCCCUCCUCCCCACCUCCUCCUCCCUCCUCCCCACCUCCUCCUCCCUCCUCCUCCCUCCUCCCCAUCUCCUCCUCCCCAUCUCCUCCUCCCUCCUACCCACCUCCUCCUCCCUCCUCCCCACCUUCUCCUCCCUCCUCCCCAUCUCCUCCUCCCCAUCUCCUCCUCCCUCCUCCCCAUCUCCUCCCCAUCUCCUCCUCCCUAUCUCCUCCUCCCCCAUCUCCUCCCUCCUCCCCACCUCCUCCCCAUCUCCUCUUCCUUCCUCAUUCCUCGUUCCUUCCUCCCCCACCUCCUCCUCCCUCCUUCCCACCUCCUCCCUCCUCCCCAUCUCCUCCUUCCCACCCUCCUCCCUCCUCCCCAUCUCCUCCUCCCCAUCUCCUCCUCCCUCCUAAUCACCUCCUCCCCACCUCCUCCUCCCUCCUCCUCCCUCCUCCCCAUCUCCUCCUCCCUCCUCCCCACCCUCCUCCCCAUCUCCUCCUCCUCCUCCCUCCUCCCCACCCUCCUCCCCAUCUCCUCCUCCCCUCCUCCUCCUCCUUCACCCUCCGGUCUACCUUCUUUCCUGCCUUCCCUCCUACCUCUCUGUAUCCAGUGUGAAAUAUUGACGCAGGGUAAAUUACAUGAGUAUUCCAUCCCAGCCUUUAAGAGCUCAGCGUUUUCUAAUUAUUUCUCUCCUCCUCUUGACGAGAGCAGACCAGACAACACAUCACUGAGGGGUUUCAUGCCUUAUUAAUGGACGUUGUGUUUGUCCAGAUUUAUUAUCCGCCUUUAGAAUCACACAGGGAAUGGCAUUGUCAGCGGGUGUGUGUGUUACUUUGUUGGCUUGACCUGAAUUGAAGUCUGUUGAGUAGUUGGAUGUGUGGAUUGCAGUGGACCAACACUGGGGGUCAAGACACUGAGGGAUGGAGCAGAGGACUUAGAUUAGAUUAAGAGACAGACACACACAGAUGCAGAAAGAUCAAUAGAUAGAUAGAUCAAGAGGAAGGGGGAGAGAGAUGUCACCUGUUAAAUCCACUUCAAUCAGUGUAGAUGAAGGGGAGGAGACAGGUUCAAGAAGGAUUUUUAAGGCUUGAGACAUGGAUUGUGUAUGUGUUCCAUUCAGAGGGUGAAUGGGCAAGACAAAAGAUUGAAGUGCCUUUGAACGGGGUAUGUUAGUAGGUGCACCGGUUUGAGUGUGUCAAGAACUACAACACUGCUGGGUUUUUCACGCUCAACAGUUUCCCGUGUGUAUCAAGAAUGGUCCACCACCCAAAGGACAUCCAGCCAACUUGACACAACUGUGGGAAGCAUUGGAGUCAACAUGGGCCAGCUUUCGACACCUUGUAGAGUCCAUGCCCCAACGAAUUGAGGCUGUUCUGAGGGCAAAAGGGGGUGCAACUCAAUAUUAGGAAGGUGUUUCUAAUGUUUUGUGUACUCAGUGUAUAUCUCCGAGGCAUAUGUGAUUGGGUGGUUGUGUCACCCUAUUCCCUGCUGACCCGGACCCCAGGCUCUGAUUGGCUAAUUCCUACAGGAUGUACAGGAUGGAGGGAGAGAUUGAUCACUUGGGAAAGGGUGGAGGGAGGGAAGAGAGGAGGGAUGCUGCUCUCUAAUCACUCUGUGGAAGCAGCACAGCAAGCAAUACAGCUUCAGUACGCUCAGUCUCUCACCCAGUCACUCACUGUGUAGGGCUGGACACACACUGUCUCUCACCCAGUCACUCACUUGCGAGGGCUGGACACACACCCUGUCUCUCACCCUGUGGAGGACUGUACCGGAAUUCUCUCUCUCUCUCUCUAACUCACUCACUCAUUCACUCACAGACACACACCCACAUACACUCAUUCUUCCAUACACACACACAUACUUACCCAAACACACUACCCUUGGUACUUACAUUCAUACACUCACUCUUGCGUCUCCACAUAUCCACACCGCCCCUGCAUAUUUGCUCACUUAAUAGACUAGCUCAUCUUUAUACAAGCAUAUACUUUACAUGUACAGUCUCACCUGCUCUGUCUCUCUCCCAAAAACACACUGCAGGUGGUAGCUGUUCUGUAUCAAACAACUACGUCUCUGUAUUAAACUGAUUCUUCUACACACACACACAGACACAGACACUGUCACGCUCUGACUCUGGGGACUCGUAUUUGUUGAGUCAGGGUGUGUAUUUUCUGUGUUGUGUUUUGCUUGUUGAUUUUCUAUGUUUAGAUCUAGUAUGUGUAGAUCUAUGUUGGCCGGUGUGGUUCCCAAUCAGAGGCAGCUGUAGCUCGUUGUCUCUGAUUGGGGCCAUACUUAGGCAGCCUAUUGGCACUAGUGGGUUGUGGGAUCUUGUUCCGUGUAAGGUAUGUUGUUUGUGUGCUACCUUGGACUUCACGUAUCGUUUGUUUAUUGUUGUGUCGUUGUGUUUAUUCGUUAAUAAACAUGUAUGCAUAUCACGCUGCGCCUUGGUCCGUCCCGUCUAUAAACGAUCGUGACAGAAGAUCCCACCAAACGAGGACCAAGCAGUGUGCCCAGGAAGAGCGAGUAGCGAUGUCACAGGUGGGCAAAUUGUGGUCAUGGGAGGAGAUAUUCGCAGGGAAAGGGCCAUGGGCGAAGGUAUAUGCCCAGGCAGGAGAGGAACAACGGCAACACGGAAGCCGGCCGAGGAGGAGGCCCGAGAAGCAGCCCCAAUAAAAAAAAUUGGGGGGGCUAAAGGGGUGGUCGGGGAGCGAUAGAGAAGAGCCCCGACCACUGCACCCGGUUGGGUUUCGGAUUGGGUCCCUACGACCGUGGGAAGAGGAGUGGGAACAGUAUUACACUGAGGAGUCGGAGGAUGACGACGACGACGAGUAUCUGUUCCCUAACUCGUGGGGGCUCCCGGAGGAGUCCUCACGGGAAGAGGAGUGCCGACGACGGAGACCCGAGAGGCACCCCAAGGACAUUUUGGGGGGGGGGGCACACGGUGUGGACGACGAGGCAGCAGGAGGCAGUGACAGGGCGGAUCUGCAAGUUAGGAGAGGAGGCCACCAUGUUACGGGGGCUAUUGGUUCAGAGGGAGCAGGAGUUAUUAGGUCAGAGGGAGGAGCUACAGGAGGCAAAAAGGGAGAAGUAAGGUGUAGAGGCACGGCGAGAGGAGCUGGUUAGGCAGCAGAAGGAGCGGGGGUUAAUAAAGGAACCCAGUCCCGCUCCUCGCACCAAGAAAGUGGUGCGCGUUGCCAGCCCGGCCUGUUCCUGCCCCCAAGCGUGGUUGCGCGUCGCCAGCCCGGCCCGGCCUGUUCCUGCACCUCGCACCAAGCCAGUGGUGCGCGUCGCCAGCCCGGUCCGGCCUGUUCCUGCCCCUCGCACCAAGCCAGUGGUGCGCGUCGCCAGCCCGGCCCGGCCUGUUUCUGCCCCUCGCACCAAACCAGUGGUGCGCGUCGCCAGCCCGGUCCGCCCUGUUCCUGGCCCUCGCACCAAGACAGUGGUGCGCGUCGCCAGCCCGGUCCGGCCUGUUCCUGCCCCUCGCACCAAGCCAGUGGUGCGCGUCGCCGGCCCGGCCUGUUCCUGCCCCUCGCACCAAACCAGUGGUGCGCGUCGCCAGCCCGGUCCGGCCUGUUCCUGUCCAUCGCACCAAGCCAGUGGUGCGCGUCGCCAGCCCGGCCCGGCCUGUUCCUUCCCCUCGCACCAAACCAGUGGUGCGCGUCGCCAGCCCGGCCCGGCCUGUUCCUGUCCCUCGCACCAAGCCAGUGGUGCGCGUCGCCAGCCCGGUCCGGCCUGUUCCUGUCCCUCGCACCAAGCCAGUGGUGCGCGUCGCCAGCCCGGUCCGGCCUGUUCCUGCUCCUCGCACCAAGCCAGUGGUGCGUGUGUCCAGUCCGGCACGGCCCGUGCCUGUCCCACCGGUGCCUGGUCCGGCACCGGUCAGCUGCUCCACUCCGGAGCCAGAGCAGUCCACUCCACCGGUGCCUGAUCCAGCUCCGGUUAGCUGCUCCACUCCGGAGCCAGAGCAAUCCGCUCCACCGGGGUCCAGUCCAGCUCCGGUCAGCGGCUCCACUCCGGAGCCAGAGCAGUCCGCUCCACCGGUGCCUGAUCCAGCUCCGGUCAGCGGCUCCACUCCGGAGCCAGAGCAGUUCGCUCCACCGUCGUCGGGUCCAGCUCCAGUCAGCGGUUCCAGUCCAGACCCAGAUGUCAGCCCCUCUCCAGGUUCGGGGUCUCCCACACCAGGGUUCAGACAGGGCUUGGUACUUCGUGGGAGGAAGGAGAGGGGAAGCAGCGCGCCGAGGUCCAGACCAGACCAGGGGCGCAACAGGGAGGUGGAGAGUAAGUGGUGGUCACGCCCGGAGCCGGAUCCGCCUCCGAGGCGGAAUGCCCACCCGGCCCCUACCCUGUUAUGUUUAUGUUGUGCGGUCGGAGUCCGCACCUUUGGGGGGGGGGUACUGUCACGCCCUGACUCUGGGGACUCGUAUUUGUUGAGUCAGGGUGUGUAUUUUCUGUGUUGUGUUUUGCUAUGUUGAUUUUCUAUGUUUAGAUCUAGUAUGUGUAGAUCUAUGUUGGCCGGUGUGGUUCCCAAUCAGAGGCAGCUGUAGCUCGUUGUCUCUGAUUGGGGACCAUACUUAGGCAGCCUAUUGGCACUAGUGGGUUGUGGGAUCUUGUUCCGUGUAAGGUAUGUUGUUUGUGUGCUACCUUGGACUUCACGUAUCGUUUGUUUAUUGUUUUGUCAUUGUGUUUAUUCGUUAAUAAACAUGUAUGCAUAUCACGCUGCGCCUUGGUCCGUCCCGUCUAUAAACGAUCAUGACAGACACACACACACACACACACUCACACCUCUCAUCUGUGCAGUGCCCUGGUUUUGGAGAGGUGUACAGGUUUGUCAGUAGCACUUUAUUUUAUUUUAACUUACCGUAUAUAUCUACUUAGAGUACAUGGUAGUAACCAAUGUGUUGAAUUCUGCUAAAUGUGUAAAAACUAGUGGAAACAGGACUGUAAAAUGCAGUGCUAGCGGACUGUCAGUCCAUGUUGGUGUCAGUGGUGAGUGGAGAUGUUGUUGUCAACUCCAGACACAUCUGACUUCUGGUUGCAUAAUUCUAUAGUAGGGAGGUCACCUUGAUGGGCCGGGACCCACGGCAACUUUUUCCAGGGUUAUAGUUAGGUCAGCCACUGCAGGCGGGUGGAUAAAUGAGCUCAGGGCUCCCAUCAUCCCCUAGGGCCUGAGGCUGGGAGAGGGGUCAGGUGUAGAGGUAGAUGGAGAGAAAUUGAUAAACACAGGCACACUAAAUACACACUUUUAUUACACUAAGGUCACACAUAAUCCCUAUUCACACGGGGACUAGUAUUACUAUAGAACAUGGGUGUCAAACCCAUUCCACGGAGGGCAGAGUGUCUGCGGGUUUUUGGUUUUUCCAUGUAAUUAUUACCCCAGCAUGUCCGUUUUUCCAGUGGACGAUUCAGACGGGAUCAGUUUGGCCAAACUGCACCUGUAAUAAUUUUUUUCCUCAUUCAAAAUUGACUGUUUUGACAGAAGCCUUGAGGCUCUUCUAGGUGUGACGAGAUUUCAAAUGUCUAGGGAUACCCUGAUAUUGACCCAAUGGCCUUCAGUUCGGAGAAAGUAAUAAUGCAUAUCAAUAAGAACCAUGAACUGUAACCUAUGCAGACAUUUAAUUAACUGACAUAUUUGGCAAUUUAUCAAUUCAUUGGCACAAUAUCGUCCACUUCAUCUUUUAAAAGAGAAGUAUGGCUCUAGGAAAGUUGAUUUGUGACAAAACUGAUAAUUAAUCUGUAGGCUACGUGUAUAGCACUUUGUUUUAAGCAUCAAUUUGUUCCCAUGUUCUUACCCAAACUGGAUGCAGCACCUGUUAAACUCUGUAAUAUCCCUCAAAAAACAGGGAUGAUGAUUCGCACGGGACAGGUGUUAUCAGUGGACCUGGGAGUUUGACCAAAAACACUAGGUUUUUGGGGCUGGGAAAAUAAUCUUCCUGCCAAGUAAAAAUGACUGACAUGGCAGAUUCGGACAGGGACUAAAAUUACGAAUGUGGUGAUUUGUGCUCGUGCACAUAAUUACAUUACCUGAGCUCCCCCAGUAAAACGUAUCCUUUCCAAAUUGGGCUAUACACACACCUUUUGACAUUGACACACACACACACACUCAGCACUGUAGAACUCUCUCAGAUUUUCAGGCCCACCCGGCACAUUUUUACAUUUUAGUCAUUUAGCAGACGCUCUUAUCCAGAGCGACUUACAGUUAGUGAGUGCAUAAAUUUUUCAUACUGGCCCCCCGUGGGAAUCGAACCCACAACCCUGGCGUUGCAAACGCCAUGCUCUACCAACUGAGCUACACGGGCCCCUGUAUCCAAACUGUAGCCAUCAUCACUCCCAUUUUGUCACUGUGUUCAGUUUGACCGCUAUGUGGCCAUGACAUGGACAAGUGUUUUAUUUGUAGUAUGAGUGUACUGUGUGUCAUUGGGUUUGUAUUUCAAGUUAUUUACUGUCAUUUAGACGUUGUGCUUGUCUGUAGCGUUUGUGUGCGGGCCGUGCAUACAAGUCUUUUUGGUGUGUGUUUGCAGUGUAAGUGUGUUGAUCUGUUUCCUGUCCCUCUCCUCUCAGGAUGACUUCGAUGUGGAUGAUGACAUGACCAUCAGAGAGGUGAGACCCUAUUACACACUUUCUCUCCCUCUUUCUCCCUUUUCUCUCCCUUUUCUCUCAGUAUGCUACAGUGUAUUGAUUGGGUAUCAGGGGGAUAAUAAGUCACUGUGUAUGAAUAGCCUUAUCAAAGCUGGAAUCUCUAUGGGCAUCUAUUAUCUCUGCACCAGAGACCACAGCUAGACACUGUGUAGCCAAAUAAAACAGGAAGCAACCUAGCCUUAACCCUCUAAAGUCAAUGUCCGCGCCCCCUGCGGUGAAAGGUGACAGAGCUAGAGCGGUGUUUGUCAGACCAUAAGACAUCCCGAAAAUCGGUCUUCUCACAUAAUUGUCUGUGGCGUCCGAACGGUUUGGCCUACAAACUAUUAUGACCCCUCUAUGGAAAGAGGAGACUCUACGACCCCCACAAGCGUCUUGGGACUCGUUGGAAGUCGAUACAGCCAAGCUGCCAACUUCUGUCUGUAGUGUCCAAACAGUAUGGGCUACACACUAAUAUGACCCGGGGCAAUGUGUGUAUACGGCGAAUAUAGAUGGCGAACCGACAGUGCCCCGAAGCUCUGUCUAAAACGCUAAUACGUCUAUAUGUACAGUACCAGUCAACAGUUUGGACACACCUACUCAUUCAAGGGAUUUUCUUAAUUUUUUACUAUUUUCUACAUCGUAGAAUAAUAGUGAAGACAUCAAAACUAUGAUAUAACACAUAGGCAAAGCUGUCAUCAAGGCAAAGGGUGACUAUUUGAAGAAUCUGAAAUAUAAAAUAUAUUUUGAUUUGUUGAACACUUUUUUGGUUACUACAUGAUUCCAUAUGUGUUAUUUCAUAGUUUUGAUGUCUUCACUAUUAUUCUACAAUGUAAAAAAUAGUAAAAAUAAAGAAAAACCCUUGAAUGAGUAGGUGUGUCCAAACUUUUGACUGGUAGUGUAUAUAUACCGUCUAUUGAAUGGGGUAGGAGAGGGAUUGAGAUUAGUGUUGGGGUUUGCAAAGUUAUUUGGUUGAUAUUAGGAACAAUUGGAUUUUAGAUUAAAGCUGAAAUGCUUGGUGGUACGUCAAUUUAAAUAGUCUGAAAUGUUUCCACUGAUAAGCGCUUUAACUGUUUUAUUCUCACCUUUGUUCUGAACAUUAUUCCAUAAUCUCUUUAAUCUCAGGUGUUUCCCUUUCAACUGAUACCAUGCUUAUUAUGCAUAUCACUCUCAUAUUUGCUAUGCUAUUAGCAUUUACAUUUGAGGAAGCCCAUAUAGGUAACAAUCACUGGAGUUUAAGGCGUUAAUUUAUACAUUAUUCCAAAAGGAAUGUUUUUGUCUUCUGAAAUAUUAAUGAAUGCCUUACUGAAUUAAAGAUAAAAGCCAUAUCCAUUCUUUCAUCACCAUGGAUGUAAAGACCAAUUAAGUAUUCUAUGUGUCUAAGAGGGUUUGAGUACUUCUAUAAUGUUUCUCUCCACUCUCCUCUUCAUCCUCCUCUUCCUCGGGUUUGCAGAUUGCAGAGUGGGAGGAGAACCAGCUUGACGAGCAGGUGAACUUUGACAACUGCAAGAUCGACCCCGCCCCCUUCCAACUGGUGGAGCGCACCUCACUACAUAAGGUCUGUCUGUCUGUCUGUCUGUCUGUCUGUCUGUCUGUCUGUCUGUCUGUCUGUCUGUCUGUCUGUCUGUCUGUCUGUCUGUCUGUCUGUCUGUCUGUCUGUCUGUCUGUCUGUCUGUCUGUCUGUCAUACUGCUCAGUACAACCCCCUUUUGACUAAAUAGCUCCAGAAUUAAUAUUGUACAAUGAGUAUUGUAGAUGGAUAGUCCAGUGUUAAUUCUCUUAUAACCACUGCAUUGCAAGCGCAUGUGCACACACACACACACACACACACACAGGGGAGGCUUUUGAGCAGUGUUGAUUUAGUUUUCCUACUGCGACACACACUCACAUAGACACACACACACUCACAUACAUACACACUACAGAGCGUUUUUACACACACACACUCUCAUUCUCACUUGCCUGGCAGGCCUAAUGUCCUCCAUUCAUAAUGCCCCCCACCCCCCCACCCCCCCACCCCCUCUUCUCCCCUCCUCAACUCCCUGCUCUGUGUGCCUGCUGUUUAAACAUUUAAGAGUGGGAUUUUGCACCAAUCCAUCAAGCUCUCCCCUCCCCCAACCUCCCUCAUCGCACACUGCCAACACCCAAUACCACAUACAAUCUCCCUCCACAUAUUAGUGUGUGCAUUAGAGCUGGGAAGAUAAACCGAAAAGGAUCGAAACCGACCAUAUCGAUCACUUAUCACAGGCAUUUUGCUGAUGUCGUUCAUUACGAUAAGUAGCCUAUACUAGAGAAAUGUGAAGUUUAUAAUUAAAUACGUUUGCUAAUAUGGGUGAUUGUUAAUGGGACAAUUGAUGGUAGUACAUCCAUCAAACUAGUCAGUGGUGUAAAGUACUUAAGUUGUUUUUUGGGGUAUCUGUACAUUACUUUACUAUUUUAUAUUUUUGACAACUUUUACUUCACUACAUUCCUAAAGAAAAUAAUGUACUUUUUACUCCAUACCUUUUCCCUGACACCCAGAUGUACUCGUUACAUUUUCAAUGCUUAGCAGGACAGGAAAAUGGUCCAAUUCACACACUUAUCAAGAGAACAUUCCUGGUCAUCUCUACUGCCUCUGAUCUGGCGGACUCACUAAACACAAAUGCUUCGUUUGUAAAUGAUGUCUGAGUGUUUGAGUGUGCCCCUGGCUAUCUGUAAAAAAUAUAUAUUAUAAUAAUUGAAAUUAUGUAUACUUUUGAUACUUAACUAUAUAUAAAAACAAAUACUUUUAGAGUUUUACUCAAGUAGGAUUUUACUGGGUGACUUUCACUUUUACUUGAGUCUAUUAAGGUAUCUUUACUUUUACUCAAGUAUGAAAAUUGAUUGCUUUUUCCACCACUGAAACUAGUAGUAGUAGUUUAAAGGCCCAGUGCAGUCAAAAACAUUGUAUUUAUAUAUACAUAUUAUGAGGUUGGAAUAAUACUUUGUGUUAGAAAAGACAGCCUGAAAUUUCAGCCUGUUUUGGUGGGAUAGAGUUUUGGCCUUCCUGCCAAUAACAGCUAGUUUUCAGUUUUCCCUCCCAGACAAUCCUAGCAAAAAAAUGCUCCUUGCUAAGAAGCUAUUUUUUGUUUAUUUUUGACAAUUUUAAUUGAAAACAAUCACAGUAAGGUACCUAAUUGUUACCCAGAAGUUAUUUGAUAUUGAGAUUUUAAAAAACAGCUGCAUUGGACCUUUUAAAUAUCUUUUUUUUUUUUUUACUGUGGUACACAUUCUCAUAAACCUAUCGUUCUAUUUAUCGUUUUUGCAUCAAUUCAGACAAUUUAUUGCUUGAUGGAUUUUUGUCCUGUGUGUGUGUGUGUGUGUGUGUGUGUGUGUGUGUGUGUGUGUGUGUGCAGGUGUAGGUGUGUGUAGGUGUGUGUGUGUGUGUGUGUGUGUGCAGGUAGGUAGGUGUGUGUGUGUGUGUGUGUGUGUGUAGGUGUGUGUGUACGUGUAGGCGUGUGUAUCUAAUGGACACUCAUGUUUGUUCUCUUGCAUCUGUCAGUCUGGGUGAUGUGUGUUCCAUGCUGCAGUAUGUUUGUGUUUGUUUGUUUCCUGGUACAUUGUAAUGGAAAACUCCCAUUGCAUGAAAUAUUUAAAUGACUAAGGUUGUUCUAUUCCCUGUGAUUUGGGUUUAGGCUCAAGCUGCUGUCUGUGUGGUUCACUUGACGUUCUAGCAGUUUACAAUAUCAGUAGGGAUGUUGUACCUUUCCCAACAAUCUAGCUCAGUGGUGCUCAAACACCUGAUUACACUAAUCAAGGUGAUUACUUUUGAUUACUUGCUGAUUACUUAAUUAGUUGAAUGAGGAAGGAGCCUGCACACCAUGCAGCUCUCCAGUGACCACUGAGCUGACUGUUCUAACUGCUGUAGUUUAAUAGCUGCUCUAAGAUUUUCACAGGAGGCUAUGUCUCUAAAGGAAUGUCAAAAGGGAAUCUAUGGUUGGUUGUGUUCUAGCGGUUUAAGGCGUUCGUUCCAACUGUUCUAGACAUUGAUUCUAACAGUUCUAGCUGUUGGUUAUAAGUGUUCUAAAUAUUGGUUCUAAGUGUUCUAGCAGUUGGUUUCUAAGUGUAUUGUUCUCUUGUCCCCAGACCCACACCAUCUUUUCUCUGCUUGGGUUGGACCAUGCCUAUGUCACCAGCAUCGGACGACUCAUCGGAGUGGUCUCCCUGAAAGAGGUGAGUGACACGGAUCACCUGGAGUUGACCACAUCAACAUGACACUGUCGCAUUAUCAUCAUCAUCAAUUACAGCAUCAUGACAGCCACCAUCGUCAUAACAAUGUCCAUCAUCUUCCUCACUGUCACAAUCAUCUGCAUAACGUAACGUUAUGACUAUAACUACUGUUCCCUGAAGGAUGGAAACGAGGUACAACAUACUAUGGGGGUAGUCGCACUCUUGCGACUUCGGUUGAAGGAACUAAAAUCAGGCCUGACAAGGCCAAUGAAAUCUGCGCCUCGCUGGAAGCCCCGCCUUCCACAGGUGAUAUGCGUGAGGCUCGGAUUCAUUCCUUCAAUUGAAUACCGCUCUUCACAAAGGCCAGGAACGUACGGUGUGGGGCCAAACAGGUGUUUUACCUCGUUUCCCUUCUUCAGGGAACAGUACUUAUAGUCAUAACCAAUGUUCCCUCACAUUUUCUGGGGACGGAAACUUGAACAUUGAGAAUUUUGUGCAUCUUCCGGCGCAGUUUUAGACAGUAGCCAAUAGGCUAUUGUGGCUAUUUGAGCAUAAUGUAGGCCUACCAACAAAACCAAUGGAGCAAAUCCCAUAUUAUUUUCACAUGGAAAUAGCUUCUAUGAUAUAGCCUACAGUAGCCUAUAUAUGGUGUUCAAUGCAGGCCUACAUUGCAUGAGACUUUUAAAAACGUUUUUACAUUAUUAUUUUUUACUUGGCCUGUAACACCAUGGGCCAAAUAGGAGACUGUAAAUUGCAUUGUAUGAUGCAAAAAACACUUUAAAAAAUAUAAUUAAUUUUUAUUACCAUACAGAUAAUUAUUAUUACCAUACCCUUACCCCACUGCCUAUUGGCUUAUUUGCAUAUUCAAGCCUGUCUCAAAAUACAACACUGCCCCUUUAAUUAAGACAUAAGCUUUUUACCUGACUGGUUUUUCAAAGACAGCUGAAAUGUAGCCUACACGUUUUGUGCUCUUGUAGGAAGCAGUAAUUCCCCAUUGCUGACCAAUAAAGCUGGACUAAUAACUGGCUAACUAGCAAAGAAUAUCAACAAAUGCGCACACGUGCGGCUCUGAUCUGGACUGAAAAGCGCAUUCACUCGCGGGUGAUUGAAAGACCGCUAGUGGCCUACCGUUGCCAAUAGAAUUCUACUCCGUUGCGCUCUGUCUCAUCCUACAACAAAAUAACAGACUCAAUCUUGCAAAGUUAGAUUUGUUUUGGUUUGUUGCAUUGAAAAGGGGCUUGAUAUAAUGUUGAUUCGAUCACAGAAAAAACUUGCGUUUCUGCCCGGCAUGGCAUUUUUUCUGUGCAGCAGUCCUGGAGGAAGUGCGCAGCCGCUCACGCGCGCACCUUAGAGGGAACAUUGGUCAUAACGUUACAUUACCUUUCAGUCAGUCAACUUCGGUACAACAUACUGUGGGGAAAUGGAAUCUUGCCCCAUCAGACCCCAACGAAUUUCAUUGGCCCUGUCAGCCAUGAUUUUAGUUCCUUCAACCGAAGUCAUGAGAGUACAACUCCCCCCAUGGUACGCCAAUAGUAUGUGGACACCUGCUCGUCGAACAUCUCAUUCCAAAAUCAUGGGGAUUAAUAUGGAGUUGGUCCUCCCUUUGCUGCUAUAACAGCCUCCACUCUUCUGGGAAGGCUUUCCACUAGAUGUUGGAACAUUGCUGUGGGGACUUGCUUCCAUUCAGCCAUGAGCAUUAGUGAGGUUAGGCACUGAUGUUGGGCGAUUAAGCCUGGCUCCCACUCGGCGUUCCAAUUCAUCCCAAAGUUGUUCGAUGGGGUAGAGGUCAGGGCUCUGUGCAGGCCAGUCAAGUUCUUCCACACCAAUCUCGACAAACCAUUUCUGUAUGGAUCUCGCUUUGUGCACAGGGGCAUUGUCAUGCUGAAACAGGAAAGGCCCUUCCCCAAACUGUUGCCACAAAGUUGGAAGCACAGAAUCGUCUAGAAUGUCAUUGUAUACUGUAGCGUUAAGUUUUCCCUUCACUGGAACUAAGGGGCCUAGUUCAAACCAUGAAAAACAGCCCCAGACCAUUAUUCCUCCUCCACCAAACUUUACAGUUGGCACUAUGCAUUCAGGCAGGUAGCAUUCUCCUGGCAUCCGCCAGAUUCGUCCGUCGGACUGCCAGGUGGUGAAGCAUGAUUCAUCAUUCCAGAGAACGCGUUUCCACUGUUCCAGAGUCCAAUUGCGGCGAGCUUUACACCACUCAAGCCGACGCUUGGCAUUGCGUGUGGUGAUCUUAGGCUUUUGUGCGGCUGCUCGGCCAUGGUAAUCCAUUUCAUGAAGCUCCCAACGAACAGUUCUUGUGCUGACGUUGCUUCCAAAGGCAGUUUGGAAUCCGGUAGUGAGUGUUGCAACUGAGGACAGAUUAUUUUUACACGCUUCAGCAUUCGGCGGUCCCAUUCUGUGAGUUUGUGUGGCCUACCACUUCACUGCUGAGCCGUUGUUGCUCCUAGACGUUUCCACUUCACAAUAACAGCACUUACAGUUUACCGGAGUAGCUCUAGCAGGGCAGUAAUUUGACGAACUGACUUGUUGGAAAGGUGUCAUCCUAUGACGGUGCCAUGUUGAAAGUCACUGGAGAUUGCAUGGCUGUGUGCUCGAUUUUAUACACCUGUCAGCAACGGAUGUGGCUGAAAUAGCCGAAUCUACUAAUUUGAAAGACUGUCCACAUACUUUUGGCCAUGUCGUGUAUGUUGAACCGAAGUUGACUGACUCAAAGGGAACUGUCACCACCAUCACACACACAGUCCACAUUAAUGAGCUCCUCUCUUUCUGGCCCUUCAAUUGGUGACAGACAGUGAGACAAAUUACUGGUUAAUGUUCCUUGCAGUCUCUCCUCUGUCUCUUUUUUUUCUCUCUCUCUCUCUCUCUCUCUCUCUCUCUCUCUCUCUCUCUCUCUCUCUCUCUCUCUCUCUCUCUCUCUCUCGCUCUUUUCACAAACAAAACAGGCAGAAACACUCUGUCUUUGUAAAAUGGGAGAUUUUUGCUAAGCACAGUGUUGUUCCACUGGCUGACAUUUAGGCCUUUUAUUUGGUAUUAGACAAGCAGACAAAAACAGCAGUGAGAUAAGCCUCACCUCCCCUCGUCUCCUCGCCUCUCCUCUCCUCGCCUCUUGUCUCUGUCACAUAGUACUACUGCAUUCAGCUCUCCUUAUGCCUCCUGAUAACUGGAUACACAGGGGAGGGUGUGUAUGUGUGUGUGCGACCUGAGUCUCUGCUUAGAAACAGCUGUUGGCCAGACGUCUGUCAUGGCUGGGGAAUGAGAGGGAUGGAGAGUAUGACAUGACGUCUGAUCGGGGCUGUUGUUUGGUCCAAUAAAUGUUGAGUUCCAUAACCAUAAAAUGUGUCCGUCUUUACUUUAUUAUAGGCUUGGGCAGUAACCAGAUUGUCAUACCUUCAUACCGACCUUGUGCCAUACCGGGAUAUUCGGUAAUACCCCACUGAGCCUUUGUAAUCUGAAGGUUAGCAAUGCUAACAAGUACAUGUCAAAUCCCAUAGAGAAUGCUAACGAGCGCAUUGCAAACGUUUUAUACAGUCUCUGACCUAAAGUAUUUGCAAGACAGACAACCCAGCUCAUAAAGUUAUACAAGUAACAAAAAAAUGCUAUUCACAUUUAGCUGCACACACAAAACAAAUAUUAAACAGCAAGGGUCUUGAUCCAGGAGGGGUUUCUCUGCUGUUACCAAGAGAAGCUUGAUUUUGGAAGAAGCUAACUACGUAGUUAGAUAGCUAACUAGCUACUAAAUUUGCAAACCAAAUGCACAACUGCAGAGCAUUUAGCACAUUUCAGACAGUUAACUUAAUAGCUAUAAGAUAUCUAGCUGGCAAACAUUUAGUUGUGAAUUCCAUACUGUAACUAGAUUACCUGGCGCGUGCUGCACAACAGUGAGUGACUCACAAGGCUCCGGUCUCUCGUCGUUUUGUGCUUGUAAACAAACACCACGUGACGUGACUGGGGACUACCGGUAAGCAUAAUGAAAAAUUCAUAAUGAAAAAUUGUGACCGGUGAAAUGAAGAACGCAAUCUUCUAUCUCUUAAAGUAUUGCAUAAGUUGACAGCAGGUAUUUACUUAAAAAGUAGCUACAAAUAUUCACAUUUAUUAAAAAACUUCAAAGAAAUAGUUUAAAUGAUAUUGACGGUAUUGAAAAACCAUCCCGUAGCCAUUUCCAAAUACCCCGGUAUAUGGUAUACGGCCCAAGCCUUCUUUAUUACCAUGGUAGCAUAGCCACACUCCCUAUAUUAUCACCUAGAAUCACCAUAGCAACCACCCUGUAAUAUUGCCAUGGUUAAACCUCACCAUUCUGCUUUGGUCUACACAUUGAUAACACUGUCACUGUACAGAUUGAACUGUCCUUUCUGAUACUAAGCCUUACUUAUUUUCAAUCCCAAAUUGACUGGUACUCAAUAACUGUGACCCGUAGUCCCUAACAGGCUAGGGGUUGGGUUUGGAUUGUUGACUGACUCUUCCUGUAUUAUCUCUGUAGCUGCGGAAGGCCAUCGAGGGUUCUGUGGCGGUGAAGGGGGUGAAGGUGCGCCCCCCUCUGUCCAGUUUCCGGGACAGCGGCACCAGCGGCACCAGCAGCAGCAAUAGCGAGAACGAAGCCACAGAGCUCCACAAGCUGUGGGACCGCCACAAGUCCAUGUCCCUCCCCCGGGAGCACCUGGCCUCUGACUCUGAUGAGAAGUCCCAGUGA